UGAGCACCGAACAUUCGACAACACUACAAACAUCUCUAUAUCCCAAUUCAGCCAACACUUCACAAACAUGACCAUAACCAACGUCGCCCUCAUUGGCGGAACAGGCACCCUCGGCGCGCCCGUCCUGCGCGCCCUCCAAGCCUCAGAAUUCUCCCUCUACGUCCUCAACCGCCAGACCUCCAAAUCUGUCUACCCAAAAACAAACGUCAUCACCGUCCCCGACGACCUAGACGUCGAUGCCGUCGCCAAAGCGCUGCGCAGCAAAAACAUCGACGCCUUGAUCAUCACCAUUGCGGGGAGCCACGUGGAUUCGCAAAAGAAACUUAUCGAUGCGGCCUUCAAAGCAGGCGUUAAGCGCGUCAUGCCCGCCGAAUUCGGGAGCUGCGAUUCGGCCGACGAAAAGACGAACGAGAUUCUACCCUUGAUGAAGGGCAAGAAGGUCGUUAGAGACUACCUUAUCUCGCUGCAGGACCAACAGCGCGAACCCGGCAUGGGCAACUUGACCUGGACGAGUCUCAUCACUGGCCACUUUUUCGACUGGGGUAUGACGUGUGGUCUGCUGAAGUUUGACGUCAAGGCCCGGAAGGCAUAUCUGCUUGAUGGCGGCAACAUCAAGUUUUCCGCAUCCAAUCUCGAUUUCAUAGGCAAGGCGGUGGUUAGGGUGUUGGAACGGGAGGAGCAGACGAGGAAUAAGUUGCUGUAUGUGCAUAGUCACCGUGUGACGCAGCUGGAGGUGCUGGAGGCGCUGGAGAAGGCGACGGGAGAGAAGUUUGAGCGGGUUGAGCAGAGGAGUGAGGAGGAGUUGGAGGUUUGUAGGCCAAAGAUGUUGGAGGGGGAUAUGGAGGCGAGGGAGGAGGUUGUGGCUGUUUGGGGGGUUGUUGCUGCGGAUUGGAAGCAGAGAGAGGAGUUUGCGAAUGAGUUGCUUGGGCUGGAAGAGGAGGAUCUGGAUGAGGUGGUGAAGAGGGUUGUGUCGAGCCUGUGAGACGGUGUAUAGCGAUUCUGGCUUUGGAUAAUAGGGCAGGCUAUGACACGUUGUGUUGUUGUCAGGAUUUAGCGGUGCAUACAGCCUACCUUUUGAUCUGUCUCGGUCACUCCAGCGAUACUCAUCUACUUCGACUUCUUAGACUAUAGAGAAGAUGAACGCCUUCCACUUGCACUAAAUGAUAGCUACGGUAUUGGAUAAUGGAGAGCUGUGAUAUCCAUCCCUGAUUGCUUCUAUACAAUAGAGACUCAUUUACCAGCUUAGAUCUACA